GUAAAGUGCGAAAUUUGCAACAAAUUUUUUGUACUUCCAUUUCACGUUGAAAUUAUAGUAACAAUUAGUCAUAAAUUAAGUUGUAAUUGCUAACGGCGCGUUCAAGUGUAAUAGCUGCAAUCAAAGUGUAAUAAUGCAAUGAUGUUCAACGUUUAAAAUUUCUUCCCCACAUGUCGUCGUUGUCGUUGUCUUCGUCGUCAGACAUACAAACUCAUAUACGUGCUUAAGUUGUGUUGAGAAGAACCAUACUAAGUACAACAAUACGACAACUGCAACAACAAAAACAACAAAAGAAAAGGACAGAAACAAAAGCAACGAAAGUUAAGCACUUUGGUUUUUGUCUUCAGCUUUUGCUUUCGGUUUCGUUUUCGGUUUUGUUUAACGUUUGUUUUACAUGGCGUAAGCUUAGCUCCUGCGCCGAAGAGAAAAAAAACAGAUCCCCAAGCAUCACAAACACAGAUACACUAACAGAGAGUCUCAUACACACACAUACACAAACAGAACAAUCGCAGCAGCAGCAGCAGCUUGAGCCACAAGCAAUUUUAGUAGAAGAGCAAAGAGAGCGCAACUCCUUGGCCUUCUUUUAUAUUGUUUGUGUGUGUGUGUAUGCCUGUUGUUUUUGUGUGUGACUGUUGUUGUUGUUGCUCUUGAGAGAGCUCCGCUGCUACUGCUCAGCUACUUCUACCGCUGUUGCCUUUGCCUCCUGGUAACUUGCGCGCGCCGUUUAACGCAAACUGUUCAACUGUCAUGGCCGGCAAUGGAGAGGCGUCCUGGUGCUUCUCACAGAUCAAGGGCGCCCUGGACGAUGAUGUCACCGAUGCGGAUAUCAUAUCCUGCGUGGAAUUCAAUCACGAUGGCGAACUGCUGGCCACUGGCGAUAAAGGUGGUCGUGUUGUCAUCUUCCAGCGUGAUCCCGCCUCAAAGUCCGCCAAUCCGCGACGUGGUGAAUACAAUGUCUAUUCGACAUUCCAAUCGCAUGAACCUGAAUUUGACUACCUCAAAUCGCUGGAGAUUGAGGAGAAGAUCAACAAAAUCCGAUGGCUGCAUCAAAAGAAUCCCGUACACUUUCUGCUCUCAACGAACGAUAAAACGGUGAAAUUGUGGAAGGUCAGCGAGCGCGACAAGUCGUUCGAGGGCUACAACACAAAAGAGGAGAACGGGUUAAUACGUGAUCCGCAAAAUGUAACCGCCUUACGAGUUCCUUCUGUGAAGCAAGUACCGCUUAUGGUGGAGGCCUCGCCACGUCGCACCUUUGCCAAUGCACACACUUAUCACAUAAAUUCAAUUAGCGUUAAUUCGGAUCAAGAGACCUUCCUGUCCGCCGAUGAUUUGCGCAUCAAUCUCUGGCAUCUGGAGGUGGUCAAUCAGAGCUACAAUAUUGUGGACAUUAAGCCCACAAAUAUGGAGGAGCUAACGGAAGUCAUUACCGCCGCCGAGUUCCAUCCAACCGAAUGCAAUGUCUUUGUCUACUCCAGCUCGAAGGGCACAAUACGUUUAUGUGAUAUGCGCUCGGCGGCGCUUUGUGAUCGCCAUAGCAAGCAGUUUGAGGAGCCAGAGAAUCCAACAAAUCGUAGUUUCUUCAGUGAGAUUAUCAGCUCCAUCAGCGAUGUUAAGUUGAGCAAUUCCGGUCGAUACAUGAUCUCCAGGGACUACUUAAGCAUCAAGGUCUGGGACUUGCACAUGGAGACCAAGCCCAUCGAGACGUACCCUGUGCAUGAAUAUCUACGCGCCAAAUUGUGCUCACUGUAUGAGAACGACUGCAUCUUUGAUAAGUUCGAGUGCUGUUGGAACGGCAAGGAUAGCUCCAUUAUGACUGGCAGCUACAAUAACUUUUUCCGUGUCUUUGAUCGCAACUCGAAAAAGGAUGUCACGCUGGAGGCCUCGCGGGAUAUAAUUAAGCCCAAGACGGUGCUAAAACCACGCAAAGUUUGCACUGGCGGCAAACGAAAGAAGGACGAGAUCAGUGUGGAUUGUCUCGACUUUAAUAAGAAAAUACUGCACACCGCCUGGCAUCCCGAGGAGAAUAUCAUUGCUGUGGCCGCGACUAAUAAUCUGUUCAUCUUUCAGGAUAAAUUUUAGCCAACACUACCAUUAUUAACAUUACACUCAUUGUACACAACACCACAAACGCUCCCAACUGAAGUCAUGGCCCAGCCUUGGCAUUGGUUCUCUCACUUAAAAGAUAAUUCGUUUGAUUUGUUUCAAGAGCGCUGGCAAAUUUCCCUAGCACUGUACGCUUAACGUUUGUUCAUACCACAUACAUACAUACACACACUCUCACACACACAUUUACUUACCGAUUUUGAUACAUCUAUAUAUAUAAAUAUGAAUAGCGCUGAGAAAUUCCGUUUUCUGUGCAGCGCGUAAUUCUAGCAACAAUCGAAUUAUCAAAAGUAGUUUCCCAAAUUUUUUACAAUUGUGCGCCCAAGUAUUUCUAAUAAAAAAAAAGAAUAACAAAAAACAUAAAAAG